CAGGCGCACUCCGAGGGCCGCCGCUCCUGGGAGCGCCCGCUCGCCGCCGGCCUGCGGGCGGGGCCUCGAGGGACUGGGGCUAAAUGAGGAGAGGAGGCCCGCGUCUCCGGGUCCGCUCGCCGCCGCUGCCGCCGCCGCCGCCGCCUCUGCUCUGAGGAAACCAUGUUACCCAACACCGGGAAGCUAGCAGGAUGUACAGUUUUUAUCACAGGUGCAAGCCGUGGCAUUGGCAAAGCUAUUGCAUUGAAAGCAGCAAAGGAUGGAGCAAACAUUGUCAUUGCUGCGAAGACUACCCACGCACACCCCAAGCUUCCAGGCACAAUCUUUACUGCUGCUGAAGAAAUUGAAGCAGCUGGAGGAAAGGCCUUGCCAUGUGCUGUUGAUGUGAGAGAUGAACAGCAAAUCAGUAAUGCAGUGGAGAAAGCAGUGGAGCGAUUUGGAGGAAUUGAUAUUUUGGUGAAUAAUGCCAGUGCUAUUAGCUUGACCAACACAUUGGAAACACCUACGAAGAGAGUCGAUUUGAUGAUGAAUGUCAACACCAGAGGCACCUAUCUGACAUCUAAAGCAUGCAUUCCUUAUUUGAAAAAGAGUAAAAUUGCUCAUAUCCUCAAUCUCAGCCCACCACUGAACCUAAAUCCAAUGUGGUUCAAACAGCACUGUGCUUAUACCAUUGCUAAGUAUGGUAUGUCUAUGUGUGUGCUUGGGAUGGCAGAAGAAUUUAAGGGUGAAAUUGCAGUCAAUGCGUUAUGGCCUAAAACAGCCAUCCACACCGCUGCUAUGGAUAUGCUGGGAGGAUCUGGUAUUGAAAGCCAGUGUAGAAAAGUUGAUAUCAUUGCCGAUGCUGCCUAUUCCAUUUUUAAAAAGCCAAAAAGUUUUACUGGAAAUUUUAUUAUUGAUGAAAAUAUCUUAAGAGAAGAAGGAAUAAAAAAUUUUGACAUCUAUGCAAUUAAACCAGGCCAUCCCUUGUUACCAGAUUUCUUCUUAGAUGAACACCCAGAUACAAUUACCAAGAAAGUGGAAUCACGUGAUGUUCCGGAAUUGAAAGAAGAGAAGCCACAGCCACCACCAAAACAACGUUCUGGAGCUGUGGAAGAAACAUUUAGAAUUGUUAAGGACUCUCUUAGUGAUGACGUUGUUAAAGCCACUCAAGCAGUUUAUCAGUUUGAACUCUCAGGUGAAGAUGGUGGAACGUGGUUUCUUGAUCUUAAAAGCAAAGGUGGGAAUGUCGGAUAUGGAGAGCCCUCCAAUCAGGCGGAUGUGGUGAUGAGUAUGUCUACUGAUGAUUUUGUAAAAAUGUUUUCAGGAAAACUAAAACCAACAAUGGCAUUCAUGUCAGGAAAAUUGAAGAUUAAAGGAAACAUGGCCCUAGCAAUCAAAUUGGAGAAGCUAAUGAAUCAGAUGAAUGCCAGGCUGUGAAGGAAAAAGAAAAAAAAAAUGUCGAUCACUAAGCUCAAAAAAUAAAAGGACUCAACAGUUAAAAUCUGUUUGUUUUCUUUCCUCUCGUAAGGAUAUGCAUGUUUGUUCUGGGAAAAAAUACAAUUUUUGUAUCUGUAAGACUUGAAAUUGUAAUUAAAACAGCUAAUUAAUCAAACAUAAGCUUCAUUAAGUGGAAUUCUAAGACAGUCUGCCUAUCGUAUUUUGUGAGUUUUGCUCUCUGAGCAUAGAUUUCAUUCAUUGUGGGAAAGGUAUGAUGAGCAAUUUAUCAGGUAAAUUAGCUCUUUUCAACACUUCGCAUAUAAAAGGAGGUUAACCAGUUUUAAUUUUUCUGUUUGGGAUUAUAUGCUAGUGAAAUCUUAAAUGGUACUUUAGAGUUUUAUAUAGUUUUAAAAAAAGAUCUUCUACAAUGCAUUGUCAAUCACAUAAACGACUUAAUAAAUACUGUUUGUGAAGACUAAUGAAACAAAAACUUUUUCAUUCUAACGAGCUUUACAAGUAUGUUACCUAUAGUAAAAAUGUUCUUAAUGUAAUUCAACUAAUUACAGUAUGUAUUGUCAUGUUAAAGUGUGUAAAAAUAUCCUAAAAUAAAAUAAUUUCUCCCCAGAAGUA